AUGGCUGUUGCAUCCAGAGCUGCUGAAUGUGCCCAAUUAUUUGACAGACUUGCGAGCGCACUGGAUGGGACCGAGCCGGACAUAGAAAACGAAAUAUUCCGGUUCAACUUGUGGGCGGCAAAUAAUUUCAUACUGGCCCCAGGCCGAGCCUCGAUGGACUGGAGAUUGCGGAACGCCCCAUUGCUGCAAUCGACGAUGGUCGAGUUGCUGGAUGAUUUAAAAGUUGACCUUAUCAAGCAGCCUACUCUUCCAUCAAAUUCCACCAUACCUACUGAACUGCUAUAUGAAGCUCCCCUUCAAGCUAUCAGUGAGACGCUGGAUGGCCUUUUCCGCUUGUCUCGCGCCAUCCGUCGCUCGGGGAUUCAUCGCAGAUACGUCAGAGUUGGGAACUAUGUUGAGUUUGACGAGAAUGGAGUAAAUCUGACAGAAGCAUUCAAGGACGGUGCAAAAAGGCUCUUAGAGUUCCGCAUGAAGGGUUCCAAAGCGAGUGAUGGCCUGCGGGAACGCAUUUUCAAUACCGUCUGUUUGCGCCAGCAAUACUUUUCCUACCUGAAAGCCAAGAAGGCUACAAACGCUCCAAUUGCAGGGACUGACCGGAGCCAUCAAUCCACUCCAAGGCCAGCGCUCAGGGCCAGCGCCAGCAUUACAGGUUCCCUCACGUCGAAGGCACAAGGAGCUGUGACACAAAAUUCAUCACGUAUGCGAAGGGUAGGCCCGUCUAUUAUGACAGCGACAACAGCUCAACCCGAUCGGAUUCCAAAAGCUUACUCUGAAAAGUCGGCCAAUGAAAGGACAUCCUAUGAUGUGGAAAGUAGCGGUGCGGAUAUCCCUCCACCACCAAAGGUGUCUGGCAACCACAAGGAGUCGGAGUGUCCAUACUGCUUCCUGGCUUGUUCUACAGAAGAGCUGAGCGGAAGAAGUUGGAAGCGCCACUUUAUUCAAGACCUCAUGCCGUAUGUUUGUGUCCUGGAGUCUUGUCCCACCCCAAACUCCCUUUUUGAGUCGGGCAAGGAUUGGCUGAGUCACAUGAAGAAUCAGCACCCUGCCAGUGGUUGGACCUGUGUCGAUAGCACACACAAUACGACAUUCUUCUUCCAGUCAGAAUCUGGCUUCAGGGAACAUUUGCAUCAACAUCAUGAAGGCCAAUUCGAUGACGACGACAUCGACGACAUCGCGGCCGCAUGCUAUCAAAAAUCACCCGACGAUAUCAUCAUACGAGAAUGUCCUUUCUGUCCUACAGUGCAGAAACUAGAGCUAAAGCCGAAGGAUAUGAUAGAUCAUGUCGCAAACCACCUGAUUUCGCUGGCACAAAUCUCUCUUGCAGGACAUGUAGAUGGCGGGCGGUCGCAAUCAGCAUGGUCCGGAUCAAGAAGGGAUUCAAAUUCGCUUCCAAGCAGUCUAGGAUCUCUUCCGGAACGAUUGCACUCGGAAUUUACAGAUGACGAUGAAAAUGAAUAUCUCACCUCCAUAUCGGGUGAGGUGAUUCCAGAUGCAGCUGAGGAGCUGAUUUAUGCGGUGUGGCAGAAUGUUCAAAAGCCACAGUACGAUCCCUCACUGGAUUUGACAAUUCGCCACUUCAUCGCUCAAUCUGAACUGAAAGCGAAGGGGAUCACAAAACUCACAGUUGGGGGUAGUGAUGAUCCGGAUACGUCGCAGAGCUUAAAAAAGGGACAGGCUACAGCACCCGAGCUGAAUAGAAGCAGCGAAGACAGCGCGGGUGUACUACAAAACUCAGAUAGCGAAGGCAGCCUAGAGAUUGUUGAGAUGUUUGGCGAGGAGGGAAACUUCAGAUUGGAUGAUCACAAUACAGAUGAUUUGCCACCGUUCCUGUGCCAAUCAGACUCGGAGAUUCACGACAGGUUUGAUGAACUUGAAUGGCAGCAAAGGAUGCGUCUAAGCGAAGGCAUGCUUGCCAACGAUCCCGCGCAUCCCUACGCCCUUGAACAAGAUGAUCCCGAAGUCAAGGCCCGCAAUCGAUAUGUCAAUGUCCAGGCAUGGGCGAACUGCCGGAUUCAUCUACGGGUGCCCGAGGGCGAGUGUGAUUUCAUCAACGCCUCACCGAUCAUACUGAAGGACUCGGCCACGCAAGAGGAGAGAACAUAUAUUGCGACGCAGGGCCCUGUAUCUGGUUAUAUCUCGCACUUUUGGCAAAUGGUUUUCCAUGAAAGCAAAGAUGUGGCUGUCGUUGUCAUGUUGACGCAGACCUUCGAGGCUGGUCGGGAAAGAUGUGCACAGUACUUUCCUUCGCACCUGGAGCAGGCCUCGAUGAUCCUGCUAACAUUUGAUGUCAAGUCUCGCUCGGAGAUCCGCAAGCUUGAGCUGAGAAUCGGCUUGGAGACGAAAAUUGUGUGGCAUUUUCUCUUUGCAGGCUGGGCAGAUUAUUCAAAGCCCGAAGGCGACGAUCGCGAGGCUCUCCUUGAACUGAUCAGAUUAUCAGCUUCCAAAUCGGGGCCUCAGAAUUCACGUGUGGUCCACUGCAGCUCAGGAGUCGGCCGCACUGGAACUUUCAUUGCCCUUGAUCAUCUCCUCCAAGAGCUUGAAUCGGGCCAGUUGCUGCAACUAGCCGAUCCCGAAGCCGACCCUGUCUUUGACACGGUUAACCAGAUGCGCGAGCAACGCAUGAUGAUGGUUUACAACGAGAUGCAAUUUCAGUUCAUCUAUGAUGUGCUCCGAGAACAAACGGACAUCAAAUUGGGUAAGGUCGGAAGCGUUCGACCGGCACGAAACAAGGGACCAAUCAGGAGCCAAAUGGAGGAUCCACGACUAGUCAAGGCCGCCAAGCUAGCAAUUUUACUCCUGCGUCGUCCGGAUCGCAUUCGUCGCAACUCGGACCCUUUACAGAGAGAGAUAUGA